AUGAGAGACGAGCUUCUGGAAGAGCAAUAUGGCUUUGUAUCUUACUACGAAAGCAGAAGAAGGGAGGGAUGGGUGUUGAACUACACGGUGGUUACGCUCAGGGAUGGAAGGAUGAGAACAAAGCUCUAUCUGAUUGACGAAGAGGGAAGAGAGUUUCUUGUGAAGAUUCCUUAUUUCCCAUCGCUUUUGGUGAAGGCUUCUGACUACGAUAUUGUUGAGGAGUAUCUCAGGAAGAAAUAUGCUGGGGAGAUCCAGGAUAUGGAAAGGACGCAGAGGAUUGAUUUCAAAGAGAAGAACCACCUGAACAAGGAGCCCGGGACGUUUUUGAAGAUAAGAUUCAGAACCGAGCCCGGGUUUGUUGAGGCCCUAAAAGAGAUCAAGAGGAUAGCAGCAAGGAACAGAGUGCAAAAGAGUAAUGAGUAUGACUGCUUUGGAGAGGACAGGGCAUUCAAUGCAGAAGGCCUCAUAGAGUCUGUCCACGAACACGACAUACCUGCAGAGGUAAGCACUGCCAAUGACCUGAGGAUCAGAUGCGGGAAGUGGUAUGGGUUCUACUAUACGGGAGAGACGUAUGUUAUAGAGAAGAGCGAGAAGAUUGUGUUUCCUGAUCUUAGGAUACUUGCCUUUGACAUAGAAACAUCGAAGAAGCCGUUGAAGUUUCCGAAUCCUGAGUCUGACGAGGUGAUGAUGAUAUCUGCCAAGACGGAAUGCGGUGGAGAGCUGAUUGUGAACAGAAAGCUGGUUUCGAAAGACAUUCGGAGGUUUGAGUACAAUCCAAAAGAAGACAUGCAGUGUGUUUUUGAAGUAGUGAACGAGGAUGAUGAGGAAGGGGUGUUGAUCAGAUUCAUAGAGAUGAUUCAAAGGCAUAGACCUCAUCUGGUGACAACGUUCAACGGAGCGCUGUUUGACUUCCCAUUUCUAGAGAAGAGGAUGGCAAGAUAUGGAAUAAGUCUUAGAGAGACUGCUGGGUUUGUUCAGAAGGACGAGUACUACAUAUCAGCGUUUAUUGUGCACCUUGACUGCUACAAGUGGGUCAAGAGGGACUCCUAUCUUCCUGCUGGAAGCCAAGGCCUCAAGGCAGUUACCAAAGCGAAGCUAGGAUACUUUCCCGACGAGAUUGAUCCCGAGGACAUGGUUGGGCUUGCGGUCUCUGACCCUGAUAAGAUGGCGUCGUAUUCUGUUUCUGAUUCUGUUGCCACGUAUUUUCUCUACACAAAGUAUGUUCAGCCUCACAUUUUUUCUAUGUGCUCUCUUAUUCCUCUUCCUCCGGCAUCGGCACUUUGCCAAGGGUCUGGGACGCUAUGUGAGGCCUUACUUAUUUCGGAGGCCAGCGAAUAUAAGGUGAUAAUUCCGGAGAAAAGAAGGGAAAGGAAGAUACAGGAGCACAACGGACACAUAGCCGAAAGCAUCACAUAUGUUGGGGGGUAUGUUGAGUGUCUGAAGUCUGGGAUCUUCAGGUCUGACUUUGAGUACGACUUUGAGAUGGACGAGGGAUUUAUUGACGAGAUAGUUCUAAAGCUUGACGAAGUGAUUUCGGAGUACAGUGGGGAAAAGGGUUUUGAGGACAUGAAGUCUCAGAUUCUCAAGAGUCUCCAAGAGAACAGAGGAAGGAUCCGAAGGGAAGGGCUUAUAUACCACCUGGAUGUGGGGGCUAUGUAUCCGAACAUCAUCCUUACUAACAAGCUGCAGCCUGUAUCGAUUGUCGACGAGGACACUUGCAUAAGAUGUGACUUUUCGGAUGAACUGAACGGAUGUAAGAAAAGAAUGGAGUGGACUCUGAAGGUUGAGUAUAUUGCAGCAAACAGAGGAGAGACGGAAAGAAUUAGGAGGCAAAUAAAGAAGGAGAAGGGUUUUGUGGGAGACAAGGAUGAAGAGCUGAGGCAAAGAGUCAAGAGGUACUCGAAGGGAAUAUACAGGAAGGCAAAGAGGAAGGAAAGUUGCACCCGAAGGUCGACUGUUUGCCAGAGGGAGGUUCCGUUUUAUGUGGAGACGGUUAGGAAGUUUAGGGACCAGAGAUAUGUCUACAAGAGGCUGUAUUUUGAGGCCCAGAAGGCCUUUGAGGCGGCAGAGACUGAGGAAGAAAAGAAGCAUGCAAUGAAGUCUGUCAUUGUGUACUCCUCACUCCAGGUUGCACAUAAGUGUGUCCUGAACUCCUUUUAUGGAUAUGUGAUGAGGAAGAGCUCACGAUGGUAUAGCAUGGAGAUGGCAGCCAUAGUCUGCAAUGUUGGGGGAAACAUCAUUAAGAAGGCAAGAGAGGUCGUAGAGAAGAUAGGGAUUUCCUUGGAGAUGGAUACGGACGGUAUAUGGUGCAUAGUUCCCUCGUCGCUGGUGUCGUCCUAUGUACUUCCCUCUGGAAGGAAGUUUUCGUUUCUGUCAAGCAUUCUGAACCACUUUGUGUGCAAGAAGUUCACCAAUUACCAGUAUCAAGAAAGAGUUGGCGGCGAGUACAUCACACGGGCGGAGAACUCGAUAUUUUUCGAGAUCGACGGCCCGUACAAUGCGAUGCUUCUUCCUGCGUCGACCGAGGAAAACAAGCUGCUAAAAAAGAGGUAUGUGAUAAUUGACGGGAACAACAGGAUUGCAGAGCUCAAAGGGUUUGAAGUGAAGAGGCGGGGAGAGUUGGAGAUUAUUAAGAAAUUUCAGGAGGAGCUAUUUCUUCAUUUUCUGGACGGGAGAAACCUAAAGGAGUGCUACGAGUCACUUGCUGGGGUGUGUAGAUAUUGGCUGGACAUGCUGAAGAGCAAGGGAGAGUAUCUUGAUGACGAUGUGAUCCUUGAGUUGCUAUCCGAAAGCAGAAGCAUGUCCAAAGGGCUUGGUGAUUAUAGGGGAAGAAAGUCGAACCUUACUGUGACUGCCCUCAGGAUGUCUGAGGUUUUGGGUGAGGGGAUUCUUGAAGAAAAGCUAAAAUGUGAAUACAUUAUUGCAGCGUAUCCUGAGAAUUGGUCUGUUGCCGAGAGGGCGAUACCGGUGGUGACUUUCCGGUCUGAUCGGAAAGAGGAGUUCCUCAAAAGAUGGCUGCAAAGGGACUACUCUGGGGACAUCAGAGCCAUUAUUGACUGGGACUAUUAUAGACUGAGGCUGGAGUGUAUUGUCCAGAGGAUGGUUAUAUUGCCUGCUCUAUUUCAGGGAAUCAAAAAUCCAUUAAAAGAAGUAGAGGUACCCAAGUGGGCAAAGACCAAGUCUGAGCUCAAGGGGUUUAGCAUAAAGAAGACCAAUGACAUUGAGGAUGUCUUUUGCAUACCAGAAGUGAAAGAGGGGGUGGUUGAGGAUGCGAAGUGCAGGGAUGAUGAAGUUGACAAAGAAAACUGUGUGAACAACCGAGAGGAAACGAGGGAGUUGAUUGAAGCUGCGGGGAACGCACCUAGAGGUGAGACAGGAUGGAUGGAAACUAUAGAAAGGAUUAUGGAUAGAGGAGAUAUUAUUAAGGUGGCAUGUGAUGACGAUGGAUACAUGAACAUAUGCUAUGGUGGAUGGGGUGAUGCUGUGGACAGGAUUCCUCUGGAGAGGAGGAUCUACAUUGAAGUCAAUGACUGGAGAUACUUUGAGGAGUCUGGGGAGAUUGAGAAGACGGUGGUAUGUCUUCCUGAUGGUUCUGAAAGUGUAGAGGUGGGCAUGAUUAGGUUGAAGGAGCAUGAAUUCAUACGUAACCGUUCGCUGUAUAAGAAGUUUCUAAGCCAUUUUUCUAUCAGAAGGGUCUUUGAGGACAAGAUCCCGAUUUUGUAUAGUAACAUGAGGGAGUGUGGGGAACAUGAAGUCAGGUUUACAGUUGUGUCUAGCUUUAUAUUCCAAGGAAGAAGUGUGUAUGCAGCAGGGGAGGACGAGGUUCUUAUAUUUUCUGCCGAAGAUGGGCUCUACGAUCUCGGGAGGUAUCUUCUUGAAAACCUUGGGAAAUGGAAGGUUGUGGUUAUCAGCUCUGCCGACCCAUGCAAGACAGAACUUCGAAAGAUCCUACGAAAGUAUCAUGUUCUUGAGAUGCCUCUUAGAAGAGGCCUGCCCCUAGGUGAAUACUCAGAGCUCUGUGAUGAACAGAGGAAGAUCCAUCAGCUGAUGGCAAAAGAAGUGGAGCUAAUAUGCAAGACUAGCAGAUAUACAAGGAUACCUAUUUUGAAUGUAGAUGAGCAUUUAAUGGAUGUACUGCUUUACAGGGAGUUAAGGAAGAAUAACGUUGUGUGUAUGGGGCAGAAGUCUGUGACGAACCACUUCUCGUGUCUGAAGACAGAGAGAUUCAUGCCUGGGCUCUACAAGGGAUACACUAUUGAGAUUGAGUGUACAGGGGCAUCAGUUCUCUCGAUUAUUGAGUAUAAGGCAUUUCUGGGGGAGGAUACACUAUUUGGUGGGGUGUCAAGAAAGGAUUUCGAUGUCCUCCGGAACUUUCUGAAAAGAAUAGUCCUGGACUCUGUGAGAGGAGAGGAGGGAACCAGACUUCUUCUAAGGAACAUAGGUGCGUGGAUAAGAAGGGACUCUGAGAUUAUCUGCCCGGAUCUCCGGAACAUCUGCUGCAUGCUGCAGAAAAGAUAUAUGAUGAACCUUGCGAAGAGGCUGAGAGAUGAAAGAUACGAUGUGAUUUGCGUGGCAGGGGACAUGAUUUCAAUCAACACGGGAAAGACAAGCGAAAAGUCUGCACUGGAAUUCUUUCAGCACAUAUGCAAAAAGGGGCUGGAGCUCUGUGGGUAUGAGAUGAUGAAGAUGAAGCUUAGGAGGAAGUUUGAGAGGCUUGCAUUUGUAAGUCCAAGCACCUACUUCUUUCUCUAUGGGCAGGAGUACUUUUGUUUCAGUGAGAAAAAUGUUCCCAUAGCGUUUCUGAAGGCUUACUUCGACGAUGGUCAGGUGGACUCUGAGUUUGUGUACAACCUUGUGACCAGGAUUCCUCUAGAAAGCUCCAGGAUGGUUAUGAGGCUUCUUUCCUUCAGGCAAGAUGCCCAAGCACUGGUAUCCAAUUGCUAUAGGCUUUUGCACUUAAGCGAGUUUGAAGAGAAGGAAAGAGCAGAAGUGGAUCUUGAUAUUGUAUGUCCUUCGUGUGGGAUGGAGAAUGUGCUAAGGUCGCGAUGCGUAAAGUGCUAUAACCCAUACCCAAAGAAUGCUGUGCUGGAUGUAUGCAUGGCCCGAGCCAAGCAUCUCCUCUGGCUGGAGCUUGCUGGAGACUCAUAUUGUAGUAGAUGUGAGAGAAUCAACGAGACAAGGCUAUCAGAAUUCUGCCGAUGCGGCGGUGCAUUCAGAAGAGCGAGACAUUGGGAUGAGCUAGAAAGGAUAAGGGCAAUGGUCUCGAGUCCUGCCUUCGAUGAUUUCUGCAGGAGGAUUUCAAAGCACUUCCUGAAGUGA